AGGUCAGAGGCCUGGGGGUAAGGGAUUUUACCAUUGGACCUGGCCCAACUCGGCCAGCCCUCUCCAGUUGCACGAUCCUGGAGUGUUUGAGGACAGGAAGCCAGCUCAGGAAUAAAUCUUGUGAAGUCUAUGCCUCCAUUUUAAAGAAGAGAAAACUGAGGUCCCCAAAGGGGCUACAACUUGCUGAGGUGAGAUAGGCCAGGAGCCAGGGCUGGAGCCAACUCCAAGCUGGUGUGACUCCCAGGCCCUAACAGCCCCAUCCUUGUCUUUGUCCACUAACCCCAGGCAGAAGCUGUUUGACUUUGAAAGAUGAAGGACUUUCAUCUGCUGCACCCCUACUGUUUUGGGGCCUCACCACCCAGCAGCAUCAUGGGUGCUUCCUUAGAGUGCUCUCUUGGGUUACAGCAACUAUGAAAUUCAAAGCUGGACCUUCGUGGGGGGGAUAGUCAGGAGUCCCCCUGGCUGGGGGUUGGGGUUAUCAGGAGGGUGAAAUCCCUGUGCACUGGUUACCUUGGUGACCCCAAUGGGGGACAACCGUAAUCCACCAGGACUUUGAGCCUACCAGGUGCAGGUUCCUUCAAGGGCAUUAUCUUAACCAUUCCUCACCAGAGCCCCCUCCCCCCGCCACCAUUUACAGAGGAGAGGGCCAAGGCUCAGAGAGGUCAGUAAUGAUCCCAAGGGUGCAUAGCAGGAUUCAAAUGCAGAUCUGGAUGAUGUUAAAGACCAUGGUUUCCUGUGCCCAUUGGCACCUCUCUUCAAAGCCCAUCUUUGGGACUUGGAGAAUUGGGCAGAGGGAUGCUUUUCGGGGAAUGUGGCAGGGGUGGACAUCACUUCUGGGCCUCCUGGCCCAUGGCAGCAUCAGUGAGGGUCUUGGCUCUCCGAUGAGCUCUGUCCCUGAGUAACUUUGACCUCAGGGAAGUCACACCCCUUCUCUGGUCCUCAGUGUUCUGUAUAAAAUAAGAGGAACAGACUCAUUGGGCUCAGUACCUUAAAGUUCUGAAAUAUUCUAUUAUGGAUGUAGGUUGGGGAUAGGGGUGGGAAGGGGAGAAUCAGAAGACCCACUUCUGGAAGAUGAAUUGUCUCCUGAGUUGCGAUGACAUCCCAGAGACACAGAAGAGGAAGCAGGGAAUCAAGAAGCUCCCUGGCAUCUACCAGGUCAAGUAGAGAGUUGACGCCAAGUUCAUGUUCAAAGAGAAGAGCUUGCUGCAGAGGGAGUUCAAGUGCUCUGGCUGAAGGAAGGGCAGGAUGGAGGGAAAGGUGGCCGGGCAGUUCUUCAGUGACAACUCUAUAAUGUCCAACCCUGUGGCGGGGCUGGUGAUUGGGGUGUUGGUGACCGUCUUGGUUCAGAGUUCCAGCACAUCCACAUCCAUCAUCGUCAGCAUGGUGGCCUCCUCACUGUUGACCGUGCGGGCUGCCGUCCCCAUCAUCAUGGGAGCCAACAUCGGGACCUCAAUCACCAACACCAUCGUGGCGCUUGUGCAGGCAGGAGACAGGAACGAGUUCAGAAGGGCCUUUGCGGGUGCCACAGUCCACGACUUCUUCAACUGGCUCUCCGUGUUAGUGCUUUUGCCCCUGGAGGCUGCCAGCCAUUACCUGGAGAUCGUAACCAACCUUGUGGUGGAGAGCUUCCACCUCAAAAAUGGAGAAGAUGCUCCAGAACUUCUGAAGGUCAUCACGGAUCCUUUCACGAAACUCAUUGUCCAGCUGGAUAAAGAGGUCAUCAACCAAAUUGCAAUGAAAGAUGAAGCUGCCCAAAACAAGAGUCUUAUCAAGAUUUGGUGCUACUCGAUCACCAAUGUGACUGAAAUGAACGUCACCAUCCCCUCGCCCGAGAACUGCACCUCCCCUUCCCUCUGUUGGACAGAUGGUUUUCAGACCUGGACCCUCCAGAACGUGACUCAGGAGGUGAACAUUGCCAAAUGUACGCACAUCUUUGUGAACUUCAACCUCCCAGAUCUGGCUGUUGGUAUCAUCCUGCUGGUAUUCUCCCUGCUGGUCCUCUGCGGCUGCCUGUACAUGAUCGUCAAGCUCCUGAACUCUGUGCUCAAGGGGCAAGUUGCUGUUGUCAUCAAGAAGACCCUCAAUACUGACUUACCCUUUCCCUUUGGCUGGGUCACCGGCUACCUGGCCAUCUUAGUGGGGGCUGGCAUGACCUUCAUCGUGCAGAGCAGCUCCGUGUUCACAUCUGCCUUGACCCCGCUGAUUGGCCUGGGUGUGAUCACCAUCGAGAGGGCAUACCCGCUCACGCUGGGCUCCAACAUUGGCACCACCACCACCGCCAUCCUGGCCGCCAUGGCCAGCCCAGGCAGCACCUUAAAGAGCUCCCUCCAGAUCGCCCUGUGCCACUUCUUCUUCAACAUCUCGGGCAUCAUCCUUUGGUACCCGAUCCCGUUCACCCGCCUGCCCAUCCGCCUGGCCAAGGGGCUGGGCAGCAUCUCGGCCAAGUACCGCUGGUUCGCCGUCUUCUACCUGAUCUUCUUCUUCUUCCUAAUCCCGCUGGCUGUGUUCGGCCUCUCGCUGGCCGGCUGGCCCGUGCUGGUGGGCGUCGGGGCACCCAUCAUCUUCCUGCUCCUUCUGGUGCUGCUCCUUAGGAUCCUGCAGUCCCGCUGCCCGCGUGUCCUGCCCAGGAAGCUCCAGAACUGGAACUUCCUGCCCUUGUGGAUGCACUCACUGAAGCCCUGGGACAACCUCAUCUCCUUGUUGGCCAGCUGCUGCCAGAGGCGCUGCUGCUGCUGCUGCCGCGUGUGCUGUGCGCUGUGCGGCUGCCCCAGCUGCUGCCGCUGCAGCAAGUGCUGCGAGGACCUGGAGGAGGCGCAGGAGCCCUCGAAGGACAUCCCCAUCAAGACCCCCGAGGCCUUCGAUAACAUGGCCUUGAGCACAGAGGCUCAUGAUGGGGUCAAGCCCAAAGCCGAUGCCCUGGGUGCAAAGACGACAGCCUUUUAGGGGCUGCCCAGAGGUAGGACAGACGGGGGACCCCCAGGCCUACUUGCUUAGGUUUCCUCCUGGUUCUGCAGGUGGUACAGUCCCUCAUAGGGAUUUGUCACCAUUAAGAAAUGGCAUGGACAUCAGUCCUAACUCCCAUUCCCCACAGCCCAGCACAUCUGCCUGCAGGGUCGUCUGUCUCAGCCCCUGCUCUGUUGGUCCUCCAUGCUCAGGAUGGUGCAGGACAACACUGAAACAGAACUUAACAGUGAAACCUGGCUAGACAGGUGAUUGUGCCGUCUCCUGCAUGCAGGCUGGGUUGGUCGAUAGGACCUGUCUUCAGACCCAAACCAUCCCCUUCAGAAGGAAAAGGCCCAAGCAAGGAAUCUAUGGAAGGUUCUCAAAGGUGCACGUGUAAAUAUGUGUGUAUUCAGGUGCAUAUAUGCUUUCUUUUAUUGUUAUAAAGCUCAAACAUAUCUGUCAAAGACUGUCUUCAAUCAAGAGGCGGGGCAAGGGCAGCUGCUCCCAGACACCUUUGUCCCAGACACUAUUUCAGUUCCUGGAAAUAGUGUAAUUGUUUGUAGCUCGUGGAUACUUGGAGGAGACUGCAGUGUGGGUCCUUCCCAGCUUCCCACUGCUCCCCAAAUCCCCCGUCAUGGCCUCCUCACCUGGGCAGGUGGGGCAGGUCCAGGCAGCUAACCUGCUGUUCUCAACACCCAAACACUGACUAUUCUAUUCACGUUUACCUGACACAGGUGAGGCAGCGUAGGCUCUGGUGGCGCUAGGAAGUUUCCAGAGUGGGAGCCAUGUCUAAGCCACAAAGAGAAGUACAGGACAUGCUUUGUCUCGCCAGUCUGGUGCUCCAGGCUACUUAAAAGAGAAGAGGUGGGGGAGUGGGGUGGGGUGCCUGGUCCCAAUCAGGCAGGUGGAGAACAAGGGCAGGGAGUGAUUAGUAUUUGGGGGAGAUGAUUUAUCUACCGAAAGCACCUCAGGUUCUUCUCAGUUUGGCUAAUUUAGAAGCCACGCUGACAGAUAUGGCUCUGUUCUCUUGGAAGGCAAAAAUUAUCCUUUCUACUGCCAAGUGUUGGGUCAUCUGGAAGAAGAUAACUGGCUUCUCUAAGUCCCUUCCCUCCGCUGCUGCCACCUCGACUUCCAGAGAACAUCUGAGCAUAAAAUGGUUCUGCAUUGCUGCCUCUUCUCACUGUCUGUGCACCUAAAGGUGACUUUCUGGUCCAGCUUUUACUUGUCAGCUUCCAUCCAUCCCUUCAUCCAUCCAUCCGACCAUCCAUCCAUCACCCAUCCAUCCAUCCACCCAUCCAUCCCUCCAUCCAUCUGUAUAUCAUAUUCAUGAUCUGAGCUAGAACUUCUUUCCAAACUUUCUCCCUUUUCCUCAUAGAUGAACUUUGAUUUCCAGCCCCCUCUCCAUACCCACAAAUCUCUGAACUUUUCUUAGAGGGUAGAGACCAGGGCUCAGCUGGACUACCCACAAAACUUGACCGUCAGGGAGCAGCGAGGCCCAUGUGUGUCUGUGGGCCCAAGGGACUGAUCGUUCUUGUCCCAGGUGCCUUCUCUGUGCCUUCUGUUGUAUCUACACCUCUUUCCUCCACUUCUCCUGACCUCCAACAACUCCAGUUCUCACAUAAGAAGGCUUCAACUGUCUGGGAAAAGGGAGAUUUUUGCAGCUAUGCUCCAAGACCUUGUCCUCCCCCACCCUCGCUUAUCUACCACCCUAACAGGUUGGGAUAUCAAGUGGAACCCUCCUCUAACCUUUCCCUGUGUAGAUAGCAGUUCCCAAGGAGAGCCUUCUAUAUGCUUUCUAUAUUUAUAGCCAUGCACCUGUACAGCAUUUUUCAUAACUUAUAUAGUAAAUAGCCGGUAUGAUUUCUGUUUUAUAGUGAAUCCUUUCAUUUGGAAAUGAGGCAGGCCCUUUCUUCUAUGAACUGUAAGAAAAGCAAAGAAGAAUAAGACCAUGGUUGUAUAUUUUGUAAUAUUUUAAACAGUCCUCUGUAGCCACACCCAUACCACACACUCUGUAAAUAUGUAAGUUGAACACAACACCUGCGGGGGCUGUGGCCCUCUUUGCACAUUGAUGAUUUUUUAAAAUGGAAUCUCCGUACUUGUGUUGAUUGUAUUUUUUUUUACUGGUUGUGGGAAGGGAGAAAUUAAAAAAAUAAUAAUAAUAAUCAAA